CCUUCAACAAUUCCAAUGGUGACAGACUGGGACGAAUCAGUAUUUAAUGAUGGUAACAUUAACGAACGCAAUAAAACGAAGAAGAGCGUCUCACGUUGCCAUCACACCUAACAACCAAGAUAUCUUCCUCCAGAUAACAAUGUAUGUCCGCAUGAUGAAAGCAUUGGUGAUAGUUGUGCUUGCGUGUGUCGGAAACUGUGCAGCUAACCUUCAGGCUGCGGACGAUACGGGUGUAAAUGGGAAGGCCUUCAAAACCAGCAGAAUAAAACUGGGUGACGAGGAGCUGUUCACAGUCACAGCUGCGGAUGGAACACCGUUGGCAACCAUUGAUGUUGUCCGUGAUGAGGGAUAUGAAAUCGAGCUUACUCCAGAUGGCAGAAAGUGUCGCAUUAGCCAGGUGCAAGAGAAAAGUUCGUGUUUCCAAGAGGCGCCACUUACGGACGAUGAGCCGGUGUUUGCGCGUAUUUCUGACCGCUGCAAAGGAAGAGAGAUCGUGACCUUGAAGCCAAAGGAUUGCAAUGAAAAAUCCAGUCUCGAAAAAGAGGAAUCCACUCGAGUAAAACGGCACUCAUGCAAAACAACUGGAACUCGUGAAGAGUGCGGGUGGGAGUGGUGGUUUCGCUGGGUAUGCAACACAAAGCCUGUGGAUAUUUGGUACAACUGUUAAUGCCACAGCCUCGUACGACAAGUUCCCACUGUCAGCUUAACGCUUACUAAAAACUGUCUGAACUUUUUUUCAUAUGACAACUUGCUUCAGUUCAAAUAUUUUCACAUUAACCUAUUUGUAUAAUUAUAACUGUUUUCUAAUUAUUUAGUCUAUUGUUUUCAGAAUUAUUUCGAUUGUUUUUUUACUGCUCUAUUAUAUUUUCUACUCACAAUGUUGGUGUAAACACAGUAUUUUAUUAAUUCAUAACUUCUUAUAAACCACAUGCCACAUACAUCCAACUAAUUUCACAAUACUAUAGUAUUAAAAUUAACACUGUUUUACAACACAUUUUUCUGUCUGAGAUGUUUGUCGAAAAAUCUAAAAAUUUAUGAAAGAAUAUUUUCAUUUUUCAACAAUUUGAAAUGAAACAGUGCAUAUAAUAUCUUAAUGCAUAUUUGUUUUCGAUCAUUUAUGGAUUUCAAAUAUUCACUUAAUUUUUUUAAACCAGAAAGCGCCUCGCCAGACAUUCUUGAAAAUUGCCAUAUAUCUGUAAAAAGAAUUUAUAAAAAUGUAAUUGUAUGUUUUCCUUUGACUUUUUUGAUUGCUGUUGUUUUGUUGUUAUGUUUACGCAUGUGUAUUUAUUUAUAUGCUUCAGUCGCAAAUAAACUUUGUUCUUGUUUCUCUUGUAAAGCAAACUGGCAAUGAAUUCUUAUUAAAAUGA